AGUAAAAGAUUGUUUAAUUCCAUCUGAUUUUGGCAGUUUUUGAACAACUUGAAAUUUAUUGAUUUAAUAAAGUAUUUUGAGCUAGGGUUUCAUCCCAACAGAUAUUUGGGUUUAAAAUGUAGCUAUUAUAGAGGUAGAGGAUGCUCUGGCCGUUGCUGGUUCAACUGAUCUUGCAGCAGGCGACGACCGGUGGUUCAACUUGCAAGCCGGCUUACAAUGUGACAGAUUUCAUCCAAGUAGCCGGCAUACAGUUCUGCGCGGUUGUUGAGAUAGGCCAGGGUUUCUGUAGCAUAUUUGCCGAGAUGAGAAAUGACCCGACAGCCGGCGACUUGAUCCCUGGCUCACUCGUCGAACUUUACCUUGGAACCUGCUCAUGUCAAACUAUGAAACAGUGGGAGUUCUGCAGUCGGCCUUUAAGAAAUCUAAGGCCUUACGAAUGCUCUUUUCAAGAAAAAGGAGAAGCAGAUUUCACCACCCAUAAAUCCAGGGUGCACAGGAGGCUUUGCGAUUUGACUGUGAUGGCUGAAAUCAACAGCUGCAACUGCAGGAAAAAAUUGUCCCAGAGGACUCUCUAUCCGAUUGAAGGUUUCCCAACUUGCUAUAGAAACCCGCUUCCAGGAUCAGUCUGUUCGACUCACAGCGUAUGCGGUGUCUACGGGUGUUCGGCACGUACAGUCUUAGGUCUUACUGUUGUCAAAUGUGAUGAAAACUGUUUUGGCGGGCAACCUUUCUGCGAAGAGCCUGGACUAUUAUCUUCGCUACCAGUUGUUGUUACAUCUAUCUGGUCCAACUGGACUUGUAUCUUGAACGAUGAUUUUUUUGAAAUAAGCGAGUCAAUCUGCUUGGAAAAAGAUCUGACAUCACCGGCUUUCGAUUGCCUUGGGCCCAGGAGUUUGUGCUGCCCUGGAAAUUAUGAUGAAUGCUUCUGUGAAGUAACAGUUUCACUUGGUGAAAUGAAGGCUACAAGAUUCAUAAUAAAAGGAUAUCCACAAACUUCUCUUUACUGGCAACGUAAGAUGAAACUUAAACUGAUUGACAACAAAUUGAACAUUAUGGAUGGAUUUGCCGAUGAUAUGAUUGCGAAUAAAAAGAGAAAAAACAAGAAAUACUCAUUUAUUCGAAAAAUUAAGGAGUUCUACAACUAACAAAAGUUUUUUUGAUUGAAAAUCAUACAAUUUGUCGUCUAAUGUAUGGGCAAAUUUUGUGCAAAUUCUGUAAAGGAUAUCCGGUUAAGUGAUACGACUGAGACGAGUGGGUUGUCAUUCGAAGGCAUGACGAGAAGCCUGGCUGCGACGUAUUUGAACAAAUAUUUCCAUUUCAGGCUGACCUUUUCCUCAUUCACCAUCAUAUGGAAAUCCUCAGACUGUAUAUGGAUUUUAAAAACCUUAAAUCUCGUUCUUUCUAAAAAUUGUGACUCACCACACAACCAAGCACAUUGGCCGCUACAUUCCCAGUCAGUCGGCAGUUGCUUAAGAUACUGGUCAGAUCCAUGAGGGAUAUGCGGA